UCAGUUAGUUGUGAGCCUCGGUAGGGAGUGUAUGUGCGCCGCCGCGUCCGACAGUCAGUGACCUCGCGCUCCUGGGACACUUUGCGGCAUGGAAUCUCCCUUCGUCGGUGCCGCCUUCGUAACGCCUUCAUGACACGCGAUAGUGGCUGUGACGCCCAAUGAUUACUCAGUUGUUACUCGUGGAAGAUGUGCAGUGUUGAGUGUUGUUAUCGAGACGUGAUUAUUACAGUUAGUUCGGAAUGAAUGCUUUCGUGUCUUCAAGGGAUUAGUGAGCUUGUGAGUGUGUCGCGGCGCUGAACGGUGGUCGCCCUUCUGUGUGCGUGUCGGCGUGUGUGCGCGUGUGUGCGGGCAUGGUGGCGUGCGAGGCGGCGGCGCUCUGAGUGCGGUAACAUGGUGUACCUGGGCGAGGGCGGGGAGCGAGGCUGGGGGAGCGAGGUGGGGCUGCCCUCCCCCGGCUCGGAGCCCCCGCCACCUUAUUCCCCUCCACGGGUGCCUCCCCACCACCACUUCUUCUCUCAAGGCUUCCCCCCGCACCACCACCACCACCACCACCACUAUUACCCCACCAUCAGCGACUACUACCCGCUGGCCAACUCGGAGCCGCCAAGCCUCUCCAGCCUCGGCGAGCCGUCCUCCAUCAAGGAGCCGCCGCCGCCCUACCCGCCUGCCUCCACCCUCAAGGCCGCCCACGCCGCCCUAAACCACGGCCCGUCCAGCGCCUUCUCCCCGCCGCCCAAGACUAUCAAGUACUCCUACCCGCCGCCCUAUACGCCCGCCGCCCCCACCCAAAGCGACCGCCCUGCCCCCGAGGACCCGCGUAACAGGGUGCGCCGCUCACGACCCAGCGCCGCGCCCUUCCAGGAGAAGAGUCGACACUCGGAGCAACGAGAGCAGCGAGACGGUCGCUCGCAGCGGCAGCAGCAGCAGCAGCCGAAGGGUCAAGAGGGCGCCAGGCGGUGUGGCGAGAGAAGGCCCGAGGGCGUCGUUGGUCGGCCCCGAGGCAGUGGCCACCCACAGGGGCCGCUGCGGAGGACUGGCAAGAGCCUGGAGCUACCCCGCGACAGAUUAGCUCACCACGCCCCGCCCCCCACCGCCCACACCCACCCCAGCCACCCACGCCUGGCACCCUCUCUCUCCCACCCCCAUUCCCACUCUCACCCACACCUCACCAAAGAUGGCAGCCGCCUUGUGCACACCAAAGAGCCUCCGGGCACCUCCAGCACACGUUCUAAGUCAAGCCAGCUGGCCUACGUGGGCAUCUUGCCUACCAAGCCCAAGAGAGUGGACCACGAGGCGCUGCCCUCAGGCCCGCCCCGGACCGCUGACCCCCGAGGCGAGGACCGCCGCGUGGCCCGCGCCUCGCGCCUCGAGGCUGCCGCGGCGCAGACCAUGACGGCCGCGCACGCCGUGCCCGUGACCACCGACAGCACUCAGACAGGUGUUGGGGCGGCGGAGGGGCUGGGCCGAGGGCGGCUACGGUCAUGCCGCUCGUUGGAUGAGCUCUCCGACCUGCUCGAGGAGGAGGCGGGCCCCGCGCGCCUCCACCCAGCCGCCACUCGUAGUCUCGACGACCUCACAGAACCUCUCUAUGAGAACUUCGACGUCAUUAACGCCCACGCGCAUGGCCGCAGCGCGCGGCAGGCCAACACCAGCGCGCCUGACCUGCUGGAGCCGCCGCCACGCCCCCCGCGGCACCGCAACAGCUCGCUGUCCUCCCUGCUCGAUGAUCUCUACAUGGGCAGCGGCUCCACGCUGGGGCGCCGCGCCCUCAACACCAGCGUGCCCGACGUGCUGGACGGCGGCCUCACUUGGGGCUCGCCGGCCUCCACGCUGCGCUCCACCGCCUCGGGGCCGCAGGACGCCACCAGCGACAUCAGCGUGCAGCUGCAGAAGAUCCGCGAGGUGGCGCGCGUGCUGGGGGUCAAGUACCGGCGCGGCGAACUGUCCUCCUCCUCGGCCAGCAGCUCCUCCCACACCAGCCCGCGCGCCCCCGCACAUGUUCUGCCGCAGACCCUCGACGGCCCCGCCCCGCCGCCCCACGCCCCGGGCGUGCCUGCACGAGCGCCGAUUAUACACGACGUGUUGAGGGACGGCCGCCGAUCAGGACAGCAGCAGCAACAGCAGCAGCCCGCCAACACGGCACCCAAGUAUGACGCUGACGCCGCCAGCCAGGAGAGUGGCUACGGCUCCGUGGACUCCCGAUGCUACAGGCAACAACAGAGGAAGCAGCAGCAGACCCAACAACAACAACAACAACAGCACCAGCACCAGCAGUAUAAUGUGCCGCAACAGCAGCGCUCCCCUCAGUCAACACAGCAACACUCCACGCGAAGUAACUACUUCAAAAGCCUGAAGGAGCCGCACAUCGGCCCGGCGGAGCCCCGCCACCCACUACGUGUCCACCGCCCCGCUCAGCGAGGAGCCCCUCAGGAGGCCCUAGCAGAGGACCAGUGGGCACGUCAUGCCAGCAGCAGGCAGGGCCAGUGGGGCGGCGUGGGUCAGCGGCAACAGCCCCAGCAGGAGCCACCAAGGCCGCCAAGGCCCGCCGUUCAGCAGGUGGAGCUGCAGCAGGGUGUGAACCAGGACAAGCUUGGCAUCUACAUCAAGAGUGUGGUGCCUGGCGGAGCGGCGGACCAGGACGGUCGGCUGCAGGCGGGCGACCAGCUGCUCUCGGUGGACGGCAAGUCGCUGAUCGGCAUCACGCAGGAGCGGGCGGCGGAGUACAUGAUGGAGACGGGCCCCGUGGUGACCCUGGAGGUGGCGCGGCAGGGGGCGAUCUACCACGGCCUGGCCACCAUCCUGUCCCAGCCCUCCCCGCACGCCAACCGAGCGUCACUGCGGAAGAUGCGGCCGCGGGUGGAGGAGGCUCCCCGCCCCGCCAUGACUAACAGCCACUCGACACCUAACAUGGGCGGCUACAACGAGCGGCUGGUGGACUGGAACCAGCCCCCCCGCCAGCACCCCCUCCCCCCCACCUCCUCCCACAGCUCCCUGAUGGCCAGGUCUAGCCCCAAUCUGGCAGCUCAACCUGAAGGUUACUCUGGCGGGCGGCACCUGAGCGAGCGUGACCUGCCAUCCAAGGUGCUGGAGCACGGCCAGGACACCCCUGCACCUUCACACCUCCACCAGGCCCCCCGCAUCCAAGCCUCCAAGUCGGUCCCUUCCCUCAACAGUGAAGUUAACAGCCACCUCGGAGGUAAACCAGCAACUCUGGAGGUGUUCAAUCCUGCCUAUUCUCGCACUUCCUCAAACACCUCCCUCUCACAGCCCCCCAACUCUCACCACUACCACCACCAACACCAGCAGCAGCAGCCACAGCAGCCAGUGGUCCCACACCAUCAUCAGCCUCACCAGCCGCACCAUCCACCACUCAGGUCAAGGUCAACUCAGAACCUGAGUGAGAGCAGCUACCCUGUUGGUGUGGGCCGCCACCCCAGCAACCCAAGCCUGCUGGAGCGCCCCACUGGCCCCGCAGGGGAGGAGGAGCGCUAUUACCAGAACAUCAACUUCCACCAAGGUCCACAAGAUCCCCGCAUGGGCUCCACCCGCACUCGCCCGGCCCAGCUGCUGCCUCUGGGCUCCCCGGGUGGCCAGCCUGAGCCAGCCGAACAGGUCCGUCCUGAGGCCCGGCCCGACCACCGGCCAGCCUCAGCCUUCCUCCAGCGAGAGGAAGUGCUGACCCACCGGCAGGACUUGCAGAGGCCAGCCUCUCAGCGAGACAUCCGUGCCGACGCCAAGAUGAUAGAGAUGACAGAGGAGGUGAGGCGGAGGGAGGAGCGGGCACGCCUCAACGGCCAUCCCUCCUCCGUAGGUUCUGCUCACCAGACACGCCCUGGCCCUGGCCCUGGCCCUGGCCCCGGCCCCGGCCCCGGCCCUCACCAGUCUGCUCACCGCACCCCCGCUGGGUUCCCCCACCACAUGUCUGCUCCAUUCUCCCCAGAGAACUAUCCAGGUGGUCCCCAAGGCUACCCCAGCCAGCACCCUAACUACCCACCCCAGAACCACCCCCUCAGCCCCAUGGCAGGACACCAGCAGCCCCCACACCAUGGCCACCCUCAGUACAGUCCUCAUGGCCAGAACAUGCCAGGCAAACUUCCUCCCCCCACGGCACCCAAGCCCAAGCCCCCGGGAGCCUCAGCCUCAGAUGCUCCGGAGAAGCCGAUGCGUCAGUUUAGCUUUGAAGGGAGUGCUGCAGAUGGACCCCCAAGGCCACCACCACCAGAGGAUGGGUAUCGGGAUUCUCCUCCACCUCCUCCACCUCCUACCUCCACCCACCCGCUUCUGCAAACCAGUCGACCAACCUCCAGUGUAGGCUUUGCAGGCCAGCUGUCCACCAAGUCUGCCUUCAACAAGACCAGCCCUUGGGACAGGGAACAGAAAGAGCUGCAUGAGCGACGGCGGCGCGAGGCAGCGCGGCACUGGCGAGACGAGCAGAUCAACUCCCUGGAGGGGCUGGAAGUGCGCACGUCCCAGCAGGACGAACGCCUCCGCACCCUGCGCCUCGAGAAGGAGUUCCAACGGCGUGCAGAGGAGGCGCUCACCAACGAGGAUGAAGAUGAGGAUGACGAUGAGGAUGAUGAUGACGAUGAUGAAAAUGAUAACCUGAGGACAGCAAGGGAGGGCGAGCCACUGCCAGCACACAGACGUGCGCCUGAUACUCUCCGCCUCGAGCCCCGCAUGAAUGGCGGAGGGCCCCCGGACGAGGAGCGUGCCCGCAAGGUGGAUGAGAUCCGUAGGAAACAACAGGAGCUGGAGGCCGCCAAGGAAGCUGAGGAGCGCCUCCUGAGAGAGGCACAGAGACGGCAGCAAGAGGAACAGAUGCGUCGGUUCCAGCAACAGCAGCAGCAGGAGCAGCAGCAGCUACAACAGCAGUUACAACAGCAGCAACAGCAACAACAGCAGCAGCAAGGCCCAGUGCCCCAUUACCAGCACCAGCACCAUGCCAGUCAGCGCCUGGACUCCCUUGUGGCAGCACCACACCUUCCUCAGUACACCAAUGGUCUGCGGAGCCCUCACAAUAUCCCUGACCCGGCAGGGACUGGAGAAGGCAGCCACCGCAUGGACAUGAUGGCUGGCCGACCCCAGCACAGCCCAGUGCCGCCAGAGAGAGGCUCCUCCUACUCUAUAAUGCAGCAAAGCAGUGUUACUCCGACCACCACCAACAACCGCUUCAAGGGUCAGGACGGGACGCCAGCCACGGUGAAGCGCGUCCAGUUCUCGGAGACCACCAACACUGACACCCACAUCACCUACGACAACAAUGCCAACCAGGAGAAGGUCCCUCGUCAAGACCCCAAUCAUCUCAGGCGACUCCUCCCCAAGAACUUCAUCAACGAGGCCGAGACGAUGUUAAACUCCUCUCCGACACGCAACGUUAGUGGGAGCACACCAGGUGUGAUCGGGGCACAGGAGGUGUACAGGGAUCCCCGCAUGAGGCGGCUGCAGCAGAAGCAAGCUGAACAAGCAGCUGCCAAGAACCCUGGACCUGAAAAACUUACCUUCAAGGAGAAGAUGAAGAUGUUUGCCAUGGAGACUGGCGAGGCGGAGACCCCCAAGGACAAGGUGAAGAUUAGCCGAGCCCAGAGAGACAUCGAGCACUGAGAGCAAAGAAGGAAGAAGGAGCCUGUUAAAAUUUUACAUCAUGGUUCAUUUGGUUGAUAGAAUCUAUCAAACAUUGCAUGGAAGUCAGCCAGUCGAGCCGCUCACCUAGACACACACUCACAUAUCAGCAGCACAUAAAGGUGGUAUAUAUAUGGCAUCACGGUCAUAGUUUACUACAUUCACUGAUUCCUUGCCCAACCCAGACUUUGUAAUACUUCUUUGCUGCACCUGAUGGUUACUUGGUUAUCAUUGGCAGCUAGAUCAAGUGGACAAGACCUGCUGUGCUGCUGUACAUGGAUCAGUAGGUAGCAUUUCAUACUCACAUAUCAGUAUGAGUACAAAGUGUACAAAAACGCAAGUUCUUGCUCCAGCAGCUGGCGACACACGACCUAUCAACCCACACUAGAUUUGUUCUCAACCUACACAGACAAGAUGGUAUAUAUAUGAAGAGCAUUAGCUUAGGUAACACCUUUAUAUCCAAAUGUUUGGCUAUCACCAUGUAUAUAGGAGAGAAGGGUCCAGGUAGCCAGUCACCAUAGCAUACUCACAGAAAUGUAAACCGCGCUUCACUUUAUUGUUGUUUUAUCCUGCUUAGAAAGAUUUUAUAACAUUUUUACGUUUGCCGUCAGGAAAGCCGUGGCCAAAUUGUCAUAAGUGUGUUAGGUGUAGGAAUUGCACUGUAUGACUGAAAGUGAUUGUAGAAUCGCGACUAUCAUGAACGUUACGACAAGGAAGCUCGGCUCUCCGGCCCAGAAACACGAGGUCACAACUUGAUUAUCUUCCAAUGUGUUUAGCAGAACAAAGUAUGUGGUGACACUACCACCUCUUAUUAUUACUAUAUUUUUAUGGUCAGUUAGCUGUACUUUUGUUGUACUGAUUUGUUGAAAUGGAAGAGUAGAACUAUAUAUGUACAUUUAUCAGUUAUUUUAUGAUUAUGCUAUGAAGCCAAGUGGGGUUGGCUGGGUUAUGUGGAUAGAGGAUUAGUUGUGUCUGUGAUAAAGGAAGAUCCCAGCCUCUCCACUCAUUUUACACAGUAAAAUAUUAAACACAAA